AUGACAUGUUUUGAGAUAUUCUGGCUGAAGUACGGACAACACAAGGGACGAACAUUUACUGAAAAACGACGGAAUUCAGUCAAUGACGAAUCAGAUAGUUACGUUGCGAGCAAAAACAAAUCUUGCGACACAUUCAUUCCAUCCACUAAACAAAUGCGGGAGGGCAUAAAUGGUGAAACGCAUCCAGUGUGUAACGCUGCUUGUAGAAGAAAAUCUUGUAACACAUAUAUGUCAUUCAAGGGUCCUCAAGGUAGGGCUGGAAACCUUAUGUUUCAAAUAGCGGCCUUGAUCGGAGUGGCCAAAAGACGAGGUUUCACGCCACAGUUGCGGUACAAUCAUUUCAUGUUUGAAUGGUUCCAAAUGUCGCGGCUUUACGUUAACGUGUCUGCAGUUAACGAAACAAACGUCGGUGAAGAAAAGUAUGGUACGUAUCAGAGAGCGGUGGAGUCUUUAGAUGGUGGUCAGAAUUGGACGCUAGGUGGUUAUCGUCAAAGUUGGAAAUAUUUCGACAAUGCAAAGGAUGAAGUGCGAAAAAUAUUUACUUUGAAAGCUGAAUUCACGGACAAAGCAAACGCAUUUCUGCAUAAUAUAUCAUCAACAGGUGUAGUAAAUGUGUGUGUGCACGUUCGAAGAGGCGAUAUAACAUCAGAUGCUAACGUCAAACUAGGUUAUGUUCCGUCGGACGCAACAUACCUAAAAAGAUCUAUGGAAUACUUCAGAAGCAUGUUUCGAAAGAAGACAGUCCACUUUGUGUUCAUCAGUAAUGGUAUGGAAUGGUGCAAAAGCAUUACGUCAGGACCCGACGUGUAUUACUCCCCUUUUAAAGAAGCCGUCCUAGACUUUGCACUCAUGGUUUGUUGUGAUCACGUGAUUAUAACCAUCGGGUCAUUUGGUUGGUGGGGGGCUUGGCUAUCUGGUGGAAUAACCGUGUAUGACUCGUCGUGGCCAACAAACGAUACAUAUGUUGGUGAGGGUAUGAACAGAAGUGAUUAUUAUCCAGAACACUGGAUAGGUCUAUAAACUGUUUUAAGGCCGUCAAAUAAGAAACAUAGCAAUGCAUUUAUAAUAUUUGACGAUCGUAAAUGCUCGAAAAUUCUUUAUUUAAUGGGACUCAACAAAUAGAAAAUGAUUUGUUCCAAAGCUUUUAAGAGGGCAAACUCAACGGAGCGGCCUUGCUCUCAUAAGGCCGACACAGUAUAAACAAUGUGUCAAUAUAAGUACAUCAAUUUAUCUCGCAUUCCAUUGACAAAUAGCUUUAAUGCCCUUCACUACGAUAUAUGACUUUGAUAAAAAAGUAAAACCAG